AUGAAUUUUAGACGUUUCAUCAUCACUAUCACCGUCGCUCUGUUGUCUGUUGAGGCUAUCUCCAUUAAUCACGAUAAAGCGGAGCCGAUCCCUCAGCCAGAACCAGUAACUGUGUCGGAGAAGGCAGCGGUCAAGUUCAAACCAGAACUCACCAUUGGCAAAGGCACUUGUGCCUCGUUUCCCGCCGUGAACACUGCUGGAGAGACCAGUGGGGGGCUGAAAGGAUCAGGAGGUACCGGUGGCUGCAAGGUGUCGCUUUUGGGCUCGCAAGUAUACGGCCGAGCUCAAUGGUACAACGACGUCUGGGCCAUCAUGUAUGCCUGGUACUUUCCCAAGGGCUUUUGGGAUGCAUCUCCGUUCUGGCGUCACGACUGGGCGAAUGCUGUUGUAUGGGUUGACAACCCUGCAGCGGAAAACCCGAAGGUGUUGGGGAUCUCCUUGUCCAAGUCCAGCGAUAGAUACAACAAGGAAGUACCUGCCAGACUGGCUAACGGCAACACGCCAGUUGUUACGUAUUACAAUCGUGGAUUGAACACUGCUGCGUUAAUGUCCUCCAGUACAUCUUCGGGCGAGUCACCACUAGACCUCAUCAUGUGGGAACAGCUCACGGAUGUGGCACGUGCAUCGCUGAAUGACAAGGAGAACUUCGGCCGAUCCGACGUCCCGUUCAGCGAUGAAAACUUCCCUGGGAGGCUAGAGAAAGCGUGGCCGUUUUAA